GUUAAACGAUACAAAAAUAAUGUGUAAAGUUCAGGUGCCAAAAUAUGCUCUUGGCCAAUAUUAUAUAUAUACACAGCACACAGCAUAAUUUCCCUUCGAUUUCUCGUCUGUUGCUUCCCAAAUUCUCGUCAACUAACUUAACUGCCUCCUAUCUUGUGCCACAUGAGAAAUGCCCUUAAAACCCUAUUAUCGAUAAACCCAGCAACGCAUUUCAAUGCUUAUGCAGAAACCUGUGUUCCUCUCUUGAAACAAUGUUUGAUCACUGAAGGGAGUGCCCUUCAUGGCCAUUUUAUCAAAAUGGGUAUAUCAUCAGAGAGAUACGUAGCAAUUAAGCUCUUGAUAAUGUACCUCAAUUGUCGGAAAUGGGCUGAUGCUAAUGAGAUUUCAAAAGAGUUUAAUGGGUUUGAUCUCGUUGUGCAUAAUUGUAUGAUAUCUGCUAAUGUACAAUGGGGAAAUCUCGAUGAAGCUCGUAAGAUGUUCGAUGAAAUGCCAGAGAGAAACGAUGUUUCCUGGACCGCGCUGAUUUCGGGUUUUAUGAAAUAUGGAAGAGUGAAAGAAUCAAUGUGGUACUUUGAAAGAAACCCAUUUCAGAAUGUGGUAUCUUGGACCGCAGCUAUCAGUGGGUACGUGCAAAAUGGGUUUAGUGUUGAAGCUGUGAAGCUAUUUUUCAAACUUCUUGAAUCUGGGGUCAAGGCAAAUGAUGUUACUUUUACCUCUGUGGUUAGAGCUUGUGCAGGUUUGGGUGAUUUUGGAUUGGGAAUGAGUGUUUUGGGCUUAAUUAUUAAAACUGGAUUUGAACAUUAUAGAGCAGUUUCUAAUUCGUUGAUUACAUUAUGCUUGAGGAUGGGUGAAAUAAAUUUGGCUAGAGGGGUAUUUGAUAGGAUGAAGAAGAGAGAUGUUGUUUCAUGGACAGCAAUACUAGACACGUACGUGGAGAUGGGUGACAUGGGAGAAGCAAGAAGAAUCUUUGAUGAAAUGCCUGAAAGAAAUGAGGUUUCUUGGAGUGCAAUGAUUGCAAGGUACAGUCAGAGUGGCUGUCCUGAAGAAUCGCUGAAACUCUUUCACCAAAUGAUUCAAGAAGGAUUCAAGCCAAAUAGUUCUUGUUUCUCUAGUGUUCUAAGCGCAUUGGCUAGCAUUGAAGCAUUGCAAGCAGGAAUGAACAUCCAUGGACACGUUACAAAAAUUGGGAUUGAAAAAGGUGUUUAUGUUGCUAGCUCUCUGAUUGACUUGUACUGUAAAUGUGGAGAAAUUAUGGAUGGACGCUUAGUAUUUGAUUCAAUUUUGGAUAAAAAUGUGGUUUCAUGGAAUAUAAUGAUCGGAGGGUAUAGUAUGAGUGGCCAAAUGGAAGAAGCUGAGAAUUUGUUCAAUAUCAUGCCUGUGCGUAAUAAUGUCUCUUGGAGUGCUAUAAUUGCUGGUUAUUUAGAUUGUCAACAGUUUGAUAAGGUGUUUGAAGUCUUCAAUGAAAUGCUUUUGUUAGGAUAUAUUCCAAAUAAAUCCACCUUCUCUAGCUUGCUUUGUGCUUGUGCAAGCACGGCAUCUUUAGGGAAGGGUAAGGACCUACAUGGGAAGAUAAUUAAACUUGGGAUUCAAUCUGAUGUUUUUGUAGGCACUGCUCUUACUGAUAUGUAUGCAAAAUCUGGGGAUAUUGAGAGCUCUAGGAAUGUUUUUGAUAGAAUGUCUGUGAAGAAUGAAGUUUCUUGGACAGCGAUGAUUCAAGGGCUUGCAGAAAGUGGUUUUGCUGAGGAAUCUCUUAAUUUGUUUGAAGAAAUGGAAAAAAGUUCAUCUAUUGUCCCUAACGAGUUCAUGCUCUUGUCAGUUCUGUUUGCUUGUUCUCACUCCGGAUUAGUUGAUCAAGGACUGAGGUAUUUUAAUUCUAUGGAGGCCGUUUAUGGACUAAAGCCUCAGGGAAAACACUACACCUGCAUUGUUGAUAUGCUCUCUCGAGCAGGACGGCUCUUAGAAGCUGAAGAGUUCAUAAACUCCAUGGCAUUUCAACCUGAAACUAAUGCUUGGGCAGCUUUAUUAAGUGGCUGUAAGACUUAUAAAAAUGAGGAAUUAGCUGAGAGAACAGCUAGGAAGCUUUGGGAAAUGGCAGAGAAAAACUCUACAGGUUAUGUUUUGCUGUCAAAUAUCUAUGCUUCAGCUGGAAGAUGGAAGGAUGUUUUGAAUGUUAGGAAAUUAAUGAAGGAAAAGGGAUUGAAGAAGAGCGUUGGUUGUUGUUGGGUUGAAAUUAGAGAUCAAGUCCAUUGUUUUUAUUCAGAAGAUGGAACUCACUCCCAAUCAGCUGAGAUUUAUGGGAUUUUAGAGCUCUUAAGGGAUGAAAUGCUCUAAUUUUCAGAAUAUAGUCCACUUCCAAAGUUGGAUUCUUAAACCCAAUUGUACAAUAUUCUAAGCACCUGAAAAUCAUAGUAUGGAGACUGAGUAGGAGCAAGUUUUAUGCUCCUUGCCUAA